AUGGACGAAGCUACUGUCCGUUCCAAAAUCUUCCAAAUCCUCAUAGGUCCUCAGCUAGCAGCCAUGAUAUACUCUUCAUUAGAUUUUAAUCUACCUCACCUUUUAUCCACUCCAAAAACUAUUGCAACCUUAUCACAAAUAACUUCAACAAUACCAGAAAAACUAGAAAGACUUUUGCAAGGACUUGAAGCAUUUGGAUAUUUUUCACACAACCAGCAAACAGAUGAGUGGUCGAAUUCUCCUCUUUCUGCUGAGUUUCUUGAUGAAUCCUUUUUUGAAGUCUCAAAAUACAGGAUUAUGCCUUACAGAUGCGAGCUUCUUUGCAAUUUUUACGAAUCCUUAAAACAAGAAGAAUCAGCUCAAGAAAUCAGAUUUGGGUCAGACUAUUUUAAUUAUUUACGAAAAAAGCCUGAAUUAUUGAAUGGCUUUAUAAAAGCUAAUAGCUCAAUUACUUUUGAAGAAGAAAAUCUAAUUGAAAUUAAUUUAGGUAACGCUGAAAGAGUUUUAGAUAUUGGAGGAGGGAAUGGCGCUUUUUUAAUUGCCCUUGCAAAGCUAAAUCGUCAAAUUACAGGUAGCGUUCUUGAACUACCUGAAGUGAUGAGCCUUAUUCAUGAAAACAUUACCAAAAAUUUAAUGGAAGACCGAGUUACUGCAAUUGAAGGAGAUUUCUUUGGAGAAAUACCUAGAGGUUAUGAUUGUUUAUUAUUUAUUUGAAAUUAAUAAUUAAUCAUAAUUUCUAUUUUCUAAUUUUAGAUUUUCGGUCUAUAUUUUGAUAAAUUUCUUUUAAAUUAUUUUUCAUGCAUCUUUAGCCAUAUAAUUGUUUAAUAUUAAAAAAUGUCUUGCCUCAUUGAAACGAUAGGGAUUGCAAAAGAAUUUUAGAUAGUUGCAGAAACUCAAUGGAAAGAGGAAAUCUUAAACUUAAACUUAAAUUACAGGUCUUGGCUCACUCGCCUAUUAGUAGCGCAGUCAGCAAGGGUCUCCGAGGAGAUUCGCCAUCUUUGCAAAGAUGACAAGGAGAACUUACUUGAGUUUGGAUGAUGACGCAUCUGGCGAGCUAAAAACCCGAACAUCUUUCUUUCCUUCUGCCUGACGCUAUAGCACCUGUGAAGUAAGUUCUAUGUCUCCUCUUCUCAUUGCCUUUUCGUUUCUCCAUUGGUGAGUGGGAAGGCUGCUGACUACUUCUGCGUGCUGCUUGGGUUGAACGAAGGUUGUCCGCACAAAAUCCGAAAAAAUGGAAUUUCUGGCAAACUAUGGACGCAAAGGAAAAAAUUCACAGAAUGGAGUGCAACUCCGAAUAGUCUAGGUGUUACCUGAAGAAGCUGCUAGGCUUUCCCUUUCCAACUCUGAACUAACAUUUUAUUUGAUGUAGAGAUAGGCUCUUUGCAUUACCAGAAUUGCUUGCCCAGCAUUGCUGUCCACAUCUGGCUUGCCAGAUAUAAAUAAAGAUGUGCUUGAGACCACAUUACAGGGAAGCAAUGUCCAGACCGAGACGCCAUUUUAUUCAUGGAAAGAGGGAAUCAAUUAAAGCUUUUGGAGACAACAAGCGGAAUUAACCCUCAUGAACUUUAUAGCACUUUACAAGAUCUUAAUUAUAUGGCAAUAGGAAGAGGAAAAGUUAGAAAUCAAAGAGAAAUAGAAAAAAUGCUUAAUGAAUCAGGAUUUAGAUUAGAAAGCGCAACACCUAUUGUAAAAAUGCAGCAAGAUGCCACAAACUCGCCUUUAGAUCCUACAGCUUCUUACUUAUGCUUUAAUGCUAUCGCUAUUUAA